UGUAUCCCUCGCAACGACACGAUCACCAUCAUUUCUCACUUUUCCGAUCGUGUCACCAGCGGCAAACCUACUCGUCCGUGCCUUCGCAAAUCGGAUCGAUUGGUGAUCGCAGCUACAUCGGUGAAGUAGGUGUUCCGAAUGCGGAGCAAUGUGAUGAUGAGGUGUCCUCCUGGAGCACCAGCAGGGUGGCUUCGUUCGAGAUUUCUCCAAAGCGUGAGGUGUUUUGCGGCGGGAGUGAAUGGUUCGUACCAAGUCCGAGGACCAUUGGCCCAGCUGAGAGACGUGGUCGACGUAAACGAGAUGGCGUGGCCGUCGUUCUUGACAUCCCCGCGGACGGCGGCGGUAAUCGGCGCGCCUGCUAUGUUUGGGCAGCCCCUUGCGGGAACGGACAAGAGUCCUCAGCUACUGAGGGAGGCAGGCCUCCAUCAGAACCUUGCAGCGCUGGGUUGGCGCGUGGAAGAGAUGGGUGACGUGGACAUGACUGGCCCCCCAGGAGGAGCGGACCCUGCCGCAGCCGGCGGCGACGCCCACCAUAGCUUGGCGGUGGGUGCAGGGUGUCGCAGACUCUCCGAGGCGGUGUUCGAAAAGGCGGCCGAAGGAAAGUUCGUCUUGACUCUUGGCGGGGACCAUUCUAUCGCGUUGGGGACUUUGGCUGGCGUUCUGAGGGCGAGGCCGGACACGAGAGUGCUUUGGUGCGACGCCCACGCGGACAUAAACUCCCCGAAGGGUUCGCCGAGCGGAAACAUGCAUGGGAUGCCGCUAUCGUUCGUGAUGGGCCACUCCGAUCCUUCCACGGUCCGCGGCCUGGAGUGGCUCUGUGAGGCUGACGUCCCCGUCUUGCGGCCCGAGAGAAUCGCGUACGUUGGCCUGCGCGACGUGGACGUCUACGAGAGGAAGAUUCUGAAUCACCUCAAACAAGAGCACGGGCUCUUCGCGUCGACCAUGCAGGACGUGGAUCGCCUAGGCAUCGGGCGGGUGAUGGAGCUUGCCUUGGAGGCGCUGGGCGUCACUGGAAACGGCGACGAGGAGAAAGGCGCCCCCCUGCACUUGUCGUUCGACAUCGACGCUGUUGAUCCGAAGGUUGCGCCUGCAACGGGAACUGUCGUUCGUGGAGGACUGAACUAUCGCGAGGCUAUGUAUGUCGCGGAGUCCUGCGCCGAGACUGGUCGGCUGGGUUCAAUGGAUAUGGUGGAGGUGAACGCCGACCUGACCGAACCAUCGGCAGCCGCUGAAACGGUGCAGCUGGGCCUCGUGGCGGUGGCGUCCGCAAUGGGCAGCCGCAUUUUGUGAGCUAGUCGGUGAUGUUGGUUGACGGUGUGUAGAAGGUGGCGCAACUGCGCCCCGGGUUGAGGGUGUGCAAACGUGGCGUGGUAGCGCCACCGCCAACCAUACCUUGGGUGAUAUUUGUCCCGUUUUGUUUACCAGCCUCACAGUGAGGAGAUGGUGGGUACUGCUAGAAUGUCGUUGGCGCCCACGUGUGAACCAUGUGGUGUCGUGUUCGCUCGUCUGGGGCUUUCAAGGAUUUGCGAUUGUGGGCCAUAGGCCAUAGCUCGUUAGGUCAUACGUGGAUAUAUUAAAGGGCUGGAUUCUAAGAUGGAAGUGAUCCCAGUGUAUUGGGCAAGACUGUAACAGCAGUGUACGAUCGAUCCAUUUUAUGGACGGGCCACAUUCUGAUACUACAUGGCUGUUAAUUCGGAUACUUGUUAUUGUGUACCAGAUGAUGGUUCCAGAUGAGUGAGCGUUGCGUUUAAGUGACAAGAGUUGCGGGUUGGAUGAACCAUUUUGGUUCCACAGAGUGUUUGAUGUGGUCUAGACGUCGUGUUUGUACAGCUUUAAGUCAAAGUUUCUUGAAUCGAGACUCGACAGUGCGUGGUGUAAUCUAUUCGCGUUCUGGUGAUGGUCGUUCAGAAUUGUGAGUCGUAACAGUGCUGGAAUCAAAACUUCGUGGUACAUGGGUAUCCGGUGGCGUAUCGAUCCCGCUGCGGUUGGUUGGUUGUUCUGUUCUUCUAUGG